GUCGCCAGACCAGCCUGCCUGAACUGCCUGCGCUGGCUGUCAAAUUGCACCCACCAUAUUCUGAUUUUGUUGUGUUGUGUUGUGCUAAAAAAAUUAAAUUGAUCACGGUUUUUGCUCUACUUGUAUUUUUGAAGUAAAGUAUUUGUUGAUAUUUUUCAGUAAAUAUCAUAUUUACAGUGUAAGCUUAUACGUAAGGCAAAAAAUCGUGUAAAUAAACAAUUGUUAACCUGUUUAUCACCAUUGACGGAUGUCCUUGUUCAUUUUGCAAGAACUGAAGUGGCGGUAAAUUUAACCUGUUUGAAAUGUUAUAACAUGUAGAUAUUGAUAAACGUAGGUAACCCUACCUAAUGCAAUGGGAAGUCCUGAAGAAAAUCAACUAGCUUGUGAAAUUAAAAGUGAGGUAGAAAAUGCAGAAAAUGAAAUUGGCAGUGAAGUUUCCGAAAAUGAAGUGGGUGAUACCACUGCGUCUUCAGUGAAUAUUUCCAACUGUCAAUCUGCGUCCGAGGCGAACACUUCAAAAGACGAUACCACUCCAGGGGGUACUAAAAAGUCUAAGAAGAAAUCGCGACAUGGCAAAAAGGGGCAUUUGCCAACAAAAGAUACCAGCGAUAGAAGCACCAUAAGGAGGGUUCAUUAUGCUGCUACAAAGUUUAAGCAGGGUAGGAAAAGGACUCAGAGUUUUCCUACUAUUUCGAAAUUCUUCCUUCCACAUAAAAGACCUCGCAAGGAAGUAUUUAUACCCCCCACAAAGUUUCUUCUAGGAGGGAAUAUCUCAGACCCUUUAAAUUUAAAUAGCUUACAAGAUGAAGAUAUAAAUAGAGCUAUGAAUGCUGUUACCCCAGAAUCAUCACCUUUACCUACUCCCCCAAGGCACAAGGCAAAAAUUGAUGUUAUAAUUCCUCCUAAUAUUCGUGAUCCUCUUAACUUGAUGGAGCCUUUGGACAAUGAAGAGUAUGAAAAGAGGCUGGAAAUGCAACAGAGAAAACCUCGAAAAAAGCCAAGGAUAAGGCGCCGAACAACAGAUAAUAUGAAUGCUUCUCCAACAAAGGAGGUAACUGAAGUAAAAGUGGAGGGGAUUAAGGAACCAUUGCCUCCAGAACCAUCAACUUCAGCUUCCACAUCAAAAUCACGUAAGAGAUCAUGUAGUGAUAGUGAUAAUUCAUCACAGAAAGGAAAGGAUGGCAAAAAGUUACGUAGGAUGGAUUCAUUAGAUAAGAUAGUGAGUCCAGUGGUGCCUCAGCCGGGUGCUUGGAAGAGGGCUCGGCCACAAUCUCGAGUUCAGCCUCCAGAGCGCCCUGCUUCUCCACAUCGUACCAAGCUCAAAAGUCUAUCAGAAGAAGAGAAAAAACUACCUACCUUCCAUCCCAAAAAUACCAGAUAUCAGUAUGGAAAUUAUGACAGGUAUUAUGGCUACCGCAACUUAAACGCAAUGAUGGAUGUCCGCCUUCAAGUGUUUGAGAUGCACCGGCACCUGUUCCAAAAUAAAGAUGUGCUGGAUAUUGGGUGCAAUGUGGGCCACAUCUCAAUUGCUAUAGCUCGCACCCUUGGUGUUCGUUCCGUUGUUGGGAUUGAUAUCGACCCACUUCUUAUUGGGCGAGCACGGAAAAAUCUGCAAUCUUUUGUGAAAGUACCCUCAGAUCAGCCCAAAGAAGAAGAACCCAGGGAGGAUAAGAAAUCAGAGUUGGAGGAGGAUAAAAAGUCCGUAGUAGAUUGCGAGACGUGCAAGGAAGAAAAGUGUGAGGAUUGCACCACAGAUCAAAAGCAAGAUAAAGAUGAUUCUAAGAAAACUGUGAAGAAGCUUCGGCGGCCCAGGAAGAAUAGAAAGGCUGUGCAUAGGCAAGAUCCAGGCCAGUGCUUUUUCCCAAUGUCAAUGUCAAUGUUGUAUGGGCCCCUUGGCAACCCGGUCGCAGAAACGACGCCACUUACAUUCCCAUACAAUGUUACAUUCAAGCAUGGCAACUAUGUCCCCCGGGAAGACGUAGCGGUGGGUUCUGGCGAGAGCCCCCAAUUCGACCUGAUCCUGUGCCUGUCGACCACCAAGUGGCUGCAUCUCAACUGGGGCGACGCGGGGCUGAAGCGCGCAUUCCGCCGCAUGUUCGCCGACUUGCGCCCUGGUGGGAAACUCGUCAUAGAGGCGCAGAAUUGGGCGAGCUAUAAGAAGAAGAAGCGUUUGACGCCAACAAUCUACGAAAAUUUCAACUCCAUAGAGCUGUUCCCCAACAAAUUCCGCGAGUACCUGCUCUCGCCAGAGGUAGGAUUCAGCAAGUGCUGCAUCCUGGGCGUCCCGCAGCACGCGAGCAAGGGGUUCCGGCGGCCGAUACAGCUGUACAUCAAGGGGGACUUCACGCCGAGCAAGGCGCGCUGGUCCGACGCGCACGCGCCGUCCUCGCACCACCGGCAGGAGGCCGAGCCCAGCCGCCGCACCGUGUACGCGCCGGUGGAGCCCGCCUACCGGCCCAGCGACGACGCGCCCUCGUGCGGGGCCGCCACGCCCUACUCCCCCAACCUGGACUGCUGCGCCGACGACUCGCCGUUCUACAACCCGCGCAGCGACUCGUACGCGCCGUCGUACCAGCCGCCGCGGCCCACGGUGUACGCCACGCUGCCGUCCCCGCUGGGGAGCGCGUCCCCCGCGGCGUCCCCGGCCGCGUCCCCCGCCCCGCACGCGUCCCCCGCGCCCGACCGGCUGUCGGCGCGCGGCUUCCCGGAGCCGCGACACGACGACUGAGACUCGACCCCGACCUACAUGGAUUUGCUAUAGAAAUGAGAGGACGCGGUUUUAGCAUUUAUGAAGCACGUGUUUAGAUGCUUGUCGAUGGUGUUCCGGGCGCGCUGAACUGUACUGGCUGGCUUGAAUGGUUAUACCAUACUGGACUCGAAGUUAAUAAUAGUGAUAGAUUUUAUACUAUUUUGUCAAAUUAGAUUUGACACUGAAACCUAUAUCUCUUAAAAAUCUCAACUGAAUCAGAAUAUUUCACGUUCAGUUUUGAUUUAUCUGUAACUUUAGUAUCCAUAUUGCAUUAGAGUUAUAAAAAAGGAGACAAAUCAAUUUCGUAUGUAAUAAAGACAUUCGGGUCGUAUAGUGUGGUUUUCCCAUAAAUACAGUGUCAGCGUCGCCUUUUUUAACCUGUGAUUUAGAUAGCGUUGCAUCUUCGUACGUGCAAUAUUUUUAAUUAGUAUUGAAAAUUGAUCUCCGCUGUUAGGGGAUGCAGAAGGUGUUCACUUAAGUUUGUGCGAAUCAUUUGAUGAUUGAAGUGAUCACCUUCACUAUACGCCUCCCCUCAUUUCAAAGUUCCAUGUGUCCCCGCCUUUGUUUUUCAUGUAAAUAUCGGUUUAGAACCAUAAGAUUAUGUUUCAAUAGGCUGAAAGUAUUUUAUAAUAUUAUACUCGCGCAUCAUAUAA